UAACACCCACGCGUUACCUCAUCUUCAAAAUUUGAAGCAAAAUAAAAUAAAAAUCAUUUAAUAAAAUGGCAGAAUUUAUGAUUUAGCGAUUUUCAGCUGGCCAAAAAUCAAAUCCCUAAAGCAGCACCUGAAGAAAUCUUCGGAUCAAGAAAAUGGCAGAAUUUGUGGAAGCAGAUGAUGCGGAAGCCAUAGUCAUCCGAAUCGAGCAAAAAUCCCGCAAGAUCGAAAACUUACUCAAACAGUAUAAACCAGUGGAAGCUCUGAAGACAGCUCUCGAAGGAUCGCCACCCGCGAUCAAAGACGAGCGUUGCAAGUCUGCGAACUGGAUUGUGGUACAUAGGGCGAUCAUGGCGAUAAAAGAUGUCGAUAGUUUGUUCUCGGCUCUCGACCCUGAGUACUACGAUGUUUUGAUGAAAAAAGUUAUUGAGCUAGUUGAGAGGGAGAAGCACACACAAGGCAAUCAAGUUGGAACCAGUGAAGCAUUUUAUAGUAUGUGUUACAGAUCCUUCACACGAAAAAUUAUCAACAAAAUUGGAAGACUUACGUAACAGGCUUAACUUGGACAACUGAUGCAUUUCAUUAUGUCCGAGAACAAUUAGUAACUGUAUUUUAUGAUUCUUAUAGAAAAGUUCCACCCCAGUUGUAUCUGCUAUAUAUUCAGUUUACAGAAAAGUUUUGGGACUUCUUAGCAUUGUACUCACUGUUAGGCAGGCUCCAGAUUGAUUAAAAGUAUUUUUAUCUCACACUUUGAACAAGGUUUGUCGUAUAGCAUUGUAGAUGAUACUGUGAAAACUCUCACAAUAAUCAGUUAUGAAGAAAACUACCAGCUUAGAGGGUAUUUCGCUGUUUGCUUGGGAACUGAAAAACACAUUUUGAUGCUAGUGCAAAGAUGUGUUGGUUUGACAGUUGCAGGAAAAAAUCUCUAAAGCAUUGUGCUGUUGGGACGACAUAUUUACCUUCUUAUUUUAAAGUUAUUUCUAAAACAAUUUAGUGUGUACCUUUAGAACACAAUCAAUGGAGACAUACCUUUGGAUGUGUGGGUGAAGAAGACUUCAACCACUAGGUUGUGAUUAGAUACAUGGCUGCAUAAAAGGAGCUUAGUUUUUAGCCUCUUGUUUUUUCUGGACUCUCCUGAAUCAGGGUGCAUCUAUCGAAUUAGUAAUAGUAGUUAUCGAUGAUACUGAUGUGAACAUCGAUACAGUUGUGUUCUCUGUCCUUGAACAUUGCCCUACGACGAGUCAUUGGAUCAUUACUUGGAUGAGAGGAUG